AUGUCUAAUAAUAAAAGAACACAUUCAAAUACAAUAUCAGGUGGACGUCCUCCUGCUUUAGAUAUUGCUUUAACUAGACCUUCUGUUGUAAGAAGAAAUUCUGAGGGAUCUCCCGGUUUGCCUCCUCCCAUUUGUGUAUCUGAACCUACACCCAUUGAGCCUUCGAGUCAUGCAGAAGACUUUAUCUCUGCAAAUAAACCAGUUGUAGAGGCAAUAGCAAACCAAAGUGACAUUCAGCAGCAACCAGUAACAAUGCCCAACACUACUACUACACCUGCUAAUCCUAUUACUGCUAAUGGGCUCAUCGUACAAGAGCCGUCAACUAUGCCAAAAAAGAAAUCGCGUUCACGAGCAUCCAGUGUGACAUCAAACAUCAUCAAUGAAAUAAAGGAAAAUUCAACCAUUCAAUCCAUCGCAAAUAAAAUUAAACCAAAACAUUCUACAGAUACAAAAACACAAGAAAGAACAUCGCUUGAUAACACCUCGAGUAUAGCAGCAAGCUUAUCAAGUAUUAAAAAUAUUUCUUUAGCUACUUCUAAAAGGAAUGCUGACUUUCAUGCUUUAUUUCGAAGUAUACCAGAGGAUGACAACUUGGUUGAAGAUUUUGGGUGUGCUUUACAAAAGGAAAUUUUACUUCAAGGUCGUAUCUAUAUUUCAGAAACUCAUAUAUGCUUCAAUGCAAAUAUCUUUGGCUGGGUAACAAACCUUGUUAUUGCAUUUGCGGAUAUUACUAAUAUUGAGAAAAAGACAACAGCUUAUUUUAUUCCAAAUGCUAUUCAAAUAUCCACUGACAGUGCAAAGCAUUUUUUUGCGUCAUUUUUGUCUCGUGAUCAAGCAUUUGAGUUAAUGUUAAAUAUCUGGCAUCUAACCCGACCCGAUCUAUUCCCACCAACUGAAGAAUCAUCAUCUCAGCUUACUAACCAAACUACAAGUCAAGAAGACUCUGAUGCAUCAAGUGAGGGAAGUGGCUCUUAUUAUGAUAGUGAUACAGAAGAAGGAGAUUCUUUUACUAGUGAAAGUGAAACAGAUACAGAAAAUUUAGAUCAAAAUAUACCAACUACGGAAGAGAAUGUAAAGGAUGGAGUAAAUAAGAAUAGAAAAGUAUCUUUGGCUUCUUUACCAAUCAAGAAGGACACAAAAAAUAUUGAUGCUGCACGACGUCGUGCUAUUUCAGAAAUACCUCAACCUACCUAUAAGUUUGAAAACGAUGCCAAGUUACCUAAUAUCAAUCAUGGAUCUAAUGAAAAUAAAAAUGAAACUACAAAGAAUAAAUCACCUAUUGAAGGAAUAGAAUCAGAUAAAAAAGAAGAGGUGACAAAGCAAGCAUAUGACAAGACAGAAUGUGAAUGUAGUAAUAAGGGUGAACAUUUCCCUAAUGUCGUGAUGGAUCAAGUUUAUGAUAGUACAAUAGAAAAUAUGUAUAAAUUGAUGUUUAUUAAUGAUUUCAUGAAGAAUUUCUUGGUGGAAAACCAAAAGAGUCAAGAUCUUGUUAUGGGGGAAUGGAAAAAGGGAGAAGGAGAUAUAAAGUCUACUAGAGAAUUGACCUAUAUUAAACCACUUUAUGGUUCCAUUGGACCUAAAUCAACAAAAUGUUAUAUUACUCAAGAUGUACUUUAUCAAGAUUUUCAAAAGUUUGUAUCUGUCAUGGUUACUACAUUAACACCUGAUGUUCCUUCUGGUAGUUCUUUUAGUUGUAAAACACGUACUUGUUUAACUUGGGCUGGAAAAGGAAAAGUAAGAGUUCUAGUCACAGUUCUAGUUGACUUUACCAAAUCUUCAUGGUUAAAGUCAACAAUUGAAAAGGCAAGCAUUGAUGGACAACAGACCUAUUAUAAGGAUCUUGAUGCAGCAUUACGUGCUCAUCUUAAAGAGCAUUCUAACGAUCCAGAGAAACGUUCUAAUGGCAAACGACAUAAAAAGAGAAGAAGACAUAAGACAUCUCGUCAUUUAUCUUCAACUGAACUCGGUCAUAAACAGGAUAAUACACAUGAAUCCAUUGUGCAUCAACUAUUAGGCAUGGUUUCUAAUAAGCUUGCAGAUAAUGUCACCUCUAUCAUCGAUACCCUAAGUUCACCACGCGCAGCUCACUUUAUCUUGUUUUGUCUUUUGAUCAUGGUAUGUAUCAAUAUAUACGUUGCUAGAAAAAUGGCAUUUGUAGAGCAACGGUUGAAUGAAUUAAGUCGUUCUACUAUUGGCUUAAAUAAAAAUCAUGGCCUAGUUGAGCAUGUCUCAAAGGCAUCACCUCAUCAUCAAGAAGAAGAGGACCUUUGGGCUUGGUUAGGGCGUAUUGAUCCAGAUAAUGAAAGGGUAGAGCAUGUGAAAAUUCCUAUUGUAAAAGAUUCUAAAGAGCAAGAAGCCAUUUGGGAUGAUGCAAUUAAGAUAUCGAAAACAGCAAAAGAAAAACUCGAUAAACAUAUGACAGAAUUAAAUAAGAUGAUUCAACGUGCUGAGAGUAAUCUUGAGGAUGUGACAAGAGUGGUGAAUGAACAACGACAGAAAAUAAGACAAAAUUAA